AUGACCACCUCGCCGUGCCCAGCGGGAAGUGCGACGAAGUCGACGGCAGACGCUGCCGUCACGUGCUCGCUCGAGCAGCUCCCCGGAGAGCUACUGCAGCUCGUCGUGUCCUACCUCAGUACCGACGCCCUCCGGCACGCUGCCCUCGCCUCGCGUACCCUCUACCGCCAUGCGAGCGACCGUCUCUGGCAGCACGUCUGUCUCGCGGACAAGCGCACGCUGCACGAGCUCGACGACGCCGACGAACACGACGAUACGCCCAUCAUCGAGAAGCUGUACAUCCUGGCGACCAAUCCCGUGCUGGCCGCCAAGGUCCAGACCCUCACCCACCGAUGCCACCUGCCCACGCCGAACAUCCUCACCGAGCUGCCACGCAUGUACUUCGACGCUGCCAAUCUCUCCGCCGACGAACGUCUGCACAGGCUGCUCAGGGUCGCCAUCUGGAACCUGGUCAACGUGCACACUCUGCGCGUUGUGUACGGCCACUGGCACCUGACCACUGCUCUGGUCGCUGGCUUCCUCGACUAUGCACGGCCGCGCGGGGUCCCGCUGCGGAAGCUGUGGCUGGAGAGCUGUGCUUUCGACAUGACAAACUUCAGCUUUCUCGGUCCGACCGGCGACAGCGGGCUUGAGUCUGUCCGCCUGCGCCGCCUCAGAGCAGAGCCGCGCCUCGCUGGAUCCAAGUACGGCAUGGCGUGGCUGGACAUGAAGCUUGCGCGUGGAGGGCACCACUACCAGAUGCACAACGGCGCAGGUUCGUGGGUGGGCACCACUGUCGAGUUCUCGCAGAAGGAUCUGCCGACACAGCUCACGCUGCCCACGCCAGGAGCCAUGACGGCCACAGGAAAGCGGUUCGACAAUACCAUCUGGGCAGACCUUCGAGACAUGGAGCAUUACAUCCAGCAUCUGCCUCCCGACCCCACGCGAAGGGUGCCCUCGAUACCCAUGGCGCCCAUGCAUUGGCUGUUCCAGUCGGCGCAGUCGACGCUGACACGACUUGAUCUCGAUUGGAUAUUGUGGCAUCAACGAGAGUACGACGACGCAUAUGACACAUCGAGCGAAUUCCUGAACGAUCUUGCUGCGCUGAGAUUCCCACAUCUGGUCGCGUUCCAGAUGCGCAACGCCGUGCAGCCGCUGACCAAGCUCCCGAGCGACGUCUUUCUCCUUGAAGACACCUUCCUCGCGUUUCUGGAAGAGCACCCCAGGAUCAAGUGUCUUGCGUGGCCACUGGAUAAGUUCUACAACCACACACGGCCUUCUGUGGAAACCCAGACCAGAUGUCGACGUCUCAUCGCACAUCUGGCUGCGGUGUUGACUGAUGUGCGCCUCGACACAUACUACGCUAGCAACGGAGAGCCUAUGACUGACGACGACACGGCAGUCGAGGCCACCCAUCAGCGGACCCGGCGCAGGAGAUUCAUCGCCGAGUUCGCUCCCCACAUGCAGAAAGUCAAGCAGCUCAAGCUCGAAGGCGGCAUCCCGCGGGACGAGAAGCGCGAGAUCCUGCGCGCCCUGCACUACUGUCCACUCGAGAAGAUUGUCUUCAUUGGCGUCUCGUUCCCAGUAGGCAACACCUGGGGCGCCGGCGGCGCACGUUUAAAGCAACUCGACGCAGGCCACGCCUCAGACUCUGCCUGGGACCUCGAAGAGGAAGACACCGACGGCAUGCUCGCAGCGUACCGACAACGCCCUUCGGUACCCUCAAACUUCACGUUCUAUCCAAACUUCGGCUGGUCCGCCGAACCGCCGCUCCUGCACACCCUCGCCCUCCACCACGCCGACACCAUCCAAGAGCUCAAAAUAUGCGGCUACAACGGCUGUCCCGUGCUCUCCUACCUCACCCCCGAAACCACGCCUCUCCUCGCCCCGCUCCUGCAAUACCGAAACCUCCGCCAAAUCGUCAUCAGCUUCUGGCUCCUGACGCACUUUGAAGGCGCAUACCGCGACAUGGAAAUCAUCCAGAGCUGGCUGGACACGCGCUCGCCGUCGAGCACGGCGCUCGUCGUCGUCACGCCCCCGCGCAGCCCCGAGCGCGAACACCCCGUCGACGGCGCCAUGAUGCCGGCCCCCGAGCCCAGCGCGCCGCGCCCGGCAUUCAACCGCUGGGCCGUCGCGCUCAAGACGCGCUUCACGCCCAGCGCGCUCGCGUACAGGGUCGCGCGCGACAUUGGCCCGUUUCUGAGCCCCGACGCCAAGGCGCGCGACGGCGGCGUGCGCAUUCGCGCCAGCUUCUGCCUGGGCGCGCGCGAGGAGCGCAGGGUUGCGAAUGACAUCUUCGAUCUGGACAUCAGGAUCGGCCGCGAUGAUCAGGUGCUGGAGUUUGUCGGGCCCCGGGAGGAGGGCGAGAAGGGCCGGUGGUGGGCUAAGAUGGAGCGACGGCAGUGGUUCUGA